UCCAAUCGUUUCAUCGUCGCUUUUCAUGUAUUUUUUGUGCGAAGAUUUUGCAAUUAAAAUAAGAUAUAAUGUUUUCUGUAAAAAUAUUGCUGCUUAUUUUAUAUCUUGUUAAGUCCACCUUUUCAAUAAAUUCGCUACGUGCGAACAGUUCAAAUUCUCCAAACAUAAAAAUAAUUGGUGGGGCGGACGCAACAGUGAACCAAUUUCCUUACAUGGUUUCAAUUCAGCAUAAGGAUGGCGACCAGUAUUGUGGGGGGUCUAUAAUAACGCUACGCCACAUUCUAACAGCGGGCCAUUGCCUUAACGGGAAGAAACCGGGCGAUAUUGAGGUCAGAGUCGGCUCCAUCACAAGUGACGAGGGUGGCACGGUCGUCGCCGUGAAAAAGAUUAUUCUACAUCCUGAAUUCAACGUGGACAAAAACAAGGUCCUCAUCAAUGAUAUUGGCAUUAUUGUGCUAGAGAAAGAUCUCCGUGUAAGCAAGUCCGUUGGAUUGAUGUCUGCUGCCCUCAAGGAACCAGCGGAUGGGACAAAGUGCACAAUUUCAGGAUUCGGCUACACGGUGGAGAAUCAAGAGGAUGAUCCCAACAAGAAAUUAAAAUUUGUGGGGAUGGAUAUUUACAACAGGGAAAAGUGCGGGGAACAGAUCUUUCUAUCGCAGAAGCCGAACCUGAUCAUCUGCGCGGGUGGAGUAGCCGGCAAGGGGACGUGUUCGCAAGAUUCUGGAAGCCCGUUAGUCUGUCCUACUUCGAAUGCAGCUAGGCCAACGAUGUGGCAAGCAGGGAUUGUUAACUAUGGGCUAUGUGGUGUCAAAGAUACUCCCACCGUGUUCGCCAGCGUGGCAAAGUACACUAACUGGAUUGCUAAGCAACUUCUUGUGUUAUCAUAAGUUAUCAUGACUACGUAACUACUGUAUGUAUGAGUAAAAUUCGGAACUUAUUAAUUACCUAUGCAUGAAUACGUACAUAAGUUUGAAUAGUAAAUAUUUUUCAUAACAAAUUCUGCAAACUUUUUAUGCAUACAUACGUUUUGCUUUAAUAUUCAAGAAAAUUAUUUACUGCUGAGAAAAUUUGAGAUUGUCAAAUCAUUUUAUUUUGUUAUCUACCCCAAGUUUUUUGUUUCACAUCAGGAAAACUUGAAAAUAGCAAGUCCAAAUGCAUAGCCAAUUUCGCGGAACAAGUAAUAUUUAAAUAUUUAAAUUUUGCCUUUGUUAAAAUCCAACUAAAGGAGAGGUGAAAAUCACUUCGUUUUUAUAAUCAAGGAUUUGGUCCAAUUUUGAAAUAGUAGAUGCUCUUUGGAACAGAUAUGAAUAUGAUUAUUUUGUCAAUUAAUAAACAAA